AUAUAUACGGAUUUUAAGCCAAUCAGACUCAGCUACAAAACAUAUCAAUGAUAUUUUAACUGCUUAAAAGUGUUUUACUGAGUUUUAUGGAUCAAGAGAUAUUUAAGACAGGGUCUGGUGAAGGAUAGCACCGUUUAGUCCUGCUUCGUAUGAGUCAGCAACACCAAAAGGGAUUAGCCGAAACGCUUUUAUCAUGUCUAAUCCUAUUAAGGUUGAAGUUAGUCAUCAAACGGAUUGUUCUAAUUAAAUAGUUGCUAUGCGCCCAGCCCCCGUUUACGUGUUUCAAGUUUUGUUUCCCACUCUCCAUUCUUCAUGCCUCAUCGUCUCUUUCACAGCUGUAUCGGGGGUCGUCGCACCGAUGUCAGACCAAUGCUAUAUAAAUACCCAUAUUCCACCGUUAUUUUUUUAUAUAGUUUCUUCCUUACAAGUACCUAUCUUAUCCUUCAAAUAUCCACCUUAGAAUGAGAGUUUCAUCUGCAAUCAUUACGGCUACUUUUGCCAGCGCGGUUCUCAGUGCCGCCGUUACUGCCCCAGAUAGCACUUCUGACAAGUCUGCCGUCUCAAGUCCGGACUCUUUGAAUCAGCUACUUGAUUGGUUUGGCCAGAGUUAUUCUAAGCUUGCCAACCCUAUUCUUAAGCGUGCGGCCGCUGUUGUUACGGUUACCGCUACCAAGUCGACUGCCGUCACGGUUACCGUCACCACCCACCCUACCACCGUUCCAAGUACCACUAUGUAUGUCACUGUCACCGUGACUGGGGCCCCUACAAAGACCACAACCACUCCUAAGACUACCGUCACUAGCACCAAGUCGAUUAGUACUGGGACUACCACUACCACUCAUCCUACUACCGUUCCAUCCACCACUAAGACAACCACUAUCACCAAGGCUACCACCACUCCACCUGUCAUUAAGACUGUCACUGUCACCAAUCCUACUACCAAGACGAUGACCACUAAGACUGUCACUCUUUCUAACACUCACACUGUUCCGAUCUCCACCAGUAUCGUCACUGUCACCAGGAAUGCGUAAAUCCUUCUAGGAUAAGCGGAACUUAGUUAGGCUAAAUAU